AUGGCUGCCGGAACUUCAUCGUGGCUCGACAACAUUGCACCCGAGAUCGCAAGCAAGCUCCAUUCCGACGGCGUCGCCGUCGCCCGAUUCGCCACCGACUACGGCGGCAUCAUCAGUGCCGCGCCUCCGGCGGCCGUCCUCCGCCCCUCUUCGCCGGAGGACAUCGCGGCGCUCAUCCGUUGCGCGAACCGCGCUGACUCCCCGUUCUCCGUCGCUGCCCGCGGCAACGGGCACUCCACCCACGGGCAGGCCUUCGCGCCCGGCGGCGUGGCCAUCGACAUGGCGGAGCUCCGCGGCGGAGGGCAGCGGAUCCGUGUGUCGGCGGAGGAGUCGUACGUCGACGCCGGCGGGGAGCAGCUCUGGAUGGACGUGCUGGAAGAGACGCUGAGGCACGGAAUGUCGAUGCGGUCGUGGGUGGACUACUUAUAUUUGACGGUCGGCGGCACGCUGUCGAACGCCGGUAUCGGCGGCAUGGUUUUCCAGCACGGGCCGAUGGUCUCCAGCGUGCUCGAGUUAGACGUCAUCACCGGAAAGGGUGAGAUGAUAACAUGCUCUCCGGAGUUGCACUCAGACUUAUUCAACGGAGUCCUCGGCGGACUUGGCCAGUUGGGCAUCAUCACCCGAGCUCGGAUCAGUCUCCGCCCAACGCCGGCGAAGGUCCGAUGGCUGAGGCUGUUCUACACCGACUUCGACAGCUUGACAAGUGACCAAGAGUUCCUGAUCUCGCUGAGAGACACAGUCGGGUUCGACUACGUGGAGGGGCAGGUCCUCCUGAACCACCAGCAAGUCGACGACCCCAACUUCUUCUCCAUCGAAGAAGCCGAGAGAAUCAACCAGCUCACUGCCGAGUUCAACGCAAUAAAGUCGAUCGAGGGCUUGCUGCAACAGCUGAGCUUUGUCCCUGGGUUUGCCUUCAGUAAGGACGUGAGCCAUCUUGAAUUCCUGAACAGAGUCUACACUGAGGAGGAACAUAGAAAAAGCUCCAUGGCCGUCGACCCCAGCAAAAUCCGCCAUCCAUGGCUCAAUCUCUUCGUGCCCAAGUCUAGAAUCCGAGACUUUCAGACUGGAGCCGAAGGGAUCCUCCAAAACAUUAACCCUACAGGCGUUGUAUUACUCUACCCCAUGAACAGGAAUAGGUGGAAUGAGAACAUGACUGUCGUAGUCCCUGAUGAGGACGUCUUCUAUAGUGUAGAGUUUCUUUGGACUUCCACAGAGCAGGACUGGAAGAACCUUGAGGCCGGUAACAAUGAAAUAUUAGGGUUUUGCCAUCGACAGGGCGUCCAAGCAAAGCAGUAUUUAGCUCAUUAUACAUCGCGAACCGAUUGGAUGGAACACUUUGGGGAAGUUAAGUGGAAAAGGUUUAUGCAGUUGAAGCAGACAUAUGACCCAAAGGCACUACUGUCACCAGAACAACAUAUAUUUACUAAGUAA